AAUAAAACACACUGUUCCGGCUGUUGCCGGGUGAAGUUUGCGUGUGGUGUGUUUUCGAUAUUUUAAUGUGAUAAUAGCGUAUAAAAAUUUUUGGAGCGGACGCUGUGCAGCCUUCGUGUUUUACUGCGGAUAUUUGUUUGUGUACACGCUCCGCUUUUUGUAGAGGUGUGGUUUACACAGCUGUCAAACAUGAAAUUCCAACCAGUAACACAUUGUAUAUUCGAUAUGGAUGGAACACUUUUGGACACGGAGAGGAUAUACACCAUUGCUACACAGGAGAUAUGCCAAAAAUAUGGAAAGACUUUCACGUGGGAAAUCAAGCAGCAGCAGAUGGGUAUGACGGGCAAAGAAGCGGCGGAACAUAUAAUUAAAGCCUUAGAGUUACCAAUGACAGUAGAGGAGUAUAUUACACAAGCACAGGCUUUAUACCAAAAACUUAUGCCGGAGUGUAACAUAUUACCAGGAGUGGAUAAACUGAUACAUCAUCUGCAUGAACGUGGCAUACCAAUAGCAGUUGCAACCAGCAGUGGAGCAGAAAGUGUGAAAAUUAAAACAAGUCAUCAUAAACCACUGAUGAGUUUAUUCCAUCACAUUGUGUGUGCAAGUACAGAUCCUGAAGUUGAGCACGGAAAGCCAGCUCCAGAUAUAUUCCUUGUCUGUGCUUCGAGAUUUGAGGACAAUCCGGACCCAGAAAAGUGUCUCGUGUUUGAAGAUGCACCAAAUGGAGUAAAAGCUGCGCGAGCUGCUGGCAUGCAAGUUGUUAUGACACCAGAUGAGCAAGUUAAUGAUGAUAUGAAGCAAGAUGCAACUAUUGUUCUCAAGUCCUUGGAAGAGUUUAGACCUGAAUGGUUUGGUCUUCCACCAUUUUAAGUUAUGUGGUAAACUAAUUGUGGUUUAUAGUCAAGCAAUAUAAGAUGCUAAUAAAUCUGUAUUUUGUUUGUUAAAAAAUUAUGAUACAAGAAAGAGAGUUCCUCUUGUAGCUAUAAACUAUUGUUGAUCUUACCUAAGCAGCUUUUAUAAACUGUUGUUGACAUUUUUUGAAAAUGCUUUUUAGUUAUGUACUUGUGCUUGUUGUUUAGUGGGUUACAAUAUCACACUAUUGUGUGCUAAUUAAUAUGGGAUUUGCUUUUGGUUUAAUGAAACUACUUACUUUUUUGCAUGCAUCCUAUUUGUAGCUGGCAUGAAAUAAAUAUUAUUUUUCCCAA